AUGGAAAGUAACAUCGGUGGAGCAGGAGAAGUAAGAAGAGUGAAACUAGUUUAUUUCCUUAGCAGCCGUUCUGGUCAAGUUGACCAACCUCAUCUCUUGUCCGUUAAUCAUCUCUCCCGUAAUGGUGUCUUUCUUAGAGAUGUGAAGCAAUGGUUAGCGGGUGUACGAGGGAGUGCGGUGCCAGACCAAUAUUGUUGGUCAUGUAAAAGGAGGUAUAAGAAUGGAUAUGUGUGGCAAGAUUUAUUGGAUGAAGAUCUGAUAACUCCCAUCUCAGAUAACGAAUACGUCCUCAAAGGAUCUGAGAUUCUUCUAAAGGAGACGGAAAAGAAAGCGUGGAAGUCAAGAAACGAUUGUGCCGCUAAAUUAGCGUUAGGGUUGAUCCAAAAAGAGUCUCCUGUCUUCUGCUCUCAAAGAUCAACGGCGACAACGUCGACAGUUACCGAUGAAUCCACCACGAACGAAGAAGAAAAAGUCGUCAACGUUCUUAAAAAACAAGUAUCCGGCGAAAGAGACGGUUCGAGGAAAAACGGGUCGGGUCGACCUAGUGUAUCUUCGACGACGUCGUCUUCGAGUUUUAGUAAGAGUAAGAACUAUUCGAGCGCGCGUGCCUCGCAAGUGUUAAGGAACUUGAUAAAGUGCGGUGGUUUGGACACGAACGAUGUCGUUUUAAUGCCUUUGAAUAAGUCUGCGUCUAAGGGUUUUGGUGCGGCUUGGGAAGAUGAACACAGGUUUCAAUACCAGCAGCACAAUGCUCGAAAAAGCUUUGAAGGGGCGUGGAAUGCGAUAAAGAUGAAAGACACAAUUGAAUUGUGCAAAUCAAGCAAACCUUCUAUGGCUCCACUAUGCUCGAACGGUGCAAAACCAUUCCGGCAAAUCCAUCAAGACAUCAACAUGUUGAGAAUGAUGCAGAUGCCGUAA